CUGCGAGAAGGAGGCGGGGGGGGCACUCGCCGGGUCAUCAUGGCUGCGCCCAGCCGGUAAACUAGGAAGGGCUGGUGUCGUGCUUUCCAAUGCCAUGUCCAGCCGAGGCAUCUGGGGGCGCGUUCGGGAGAGAUUGCAUCGUUUCCCAGAGUUACUGGAGAGUUGUGGGGAGCAGGCCUCCAUCUAUGGCAAGUGCAUUGCUUCCCAUACAGCAGGUCAGAGGGACCUGAAAAAGGAUGUUUGCGCGAAGGAAUUUGAGAUGCUGAUGGACUGCUUUACAAAGGCUGCAAAGAAGAAAGUCAAGUAAAGCCUUGGAAGUCAAACACCGACACCAUCCUGAUUUAUUUUUUAUUUUUGCACAGAAAUAUCAAGGGCUUGAUUCGUCUGUCAUAUUUUAUGAGAAAGCUCUGAAGUGUGUAUAGCUCAAAGACACACAGAACUGUAUAUUUCUAAAUUAUGUAUAUGAACAAGAACUGGCGGGAAACCAGAUUUUUUAAAGCUAAGGUUCCAUGCCUGUGAGUUUCUACUUAAAUGUGGUUUAUGCCCAUCAGUUAAAUUUCUGCGGCGUGGAGGAAGGUGCAAGAGACCAAAGGACUACUACACAGAAUGGAAAUAUACUAAUGGAAUGUCCGUGGCAGCUCAUUUAAUCCAGUCUUUUGCAUUAAGGGGAGAAUCUCCAUUAUACUCAGAUACUGAUAAAAGCGCUGUAAGAUAAAGAGGCAUGAGCAAGGGGCACUUGCUCUUACCUUUGUUAUCUUUGCUCUUUAGCAAAAUGUAGGGAUGGUGAACCAGACGUCACCUCUCCCUUUCCCUAGGAUAAACAUCUGUGGCAUUCUGGCAGCAAGACUUAAUGUCAGUUUUUGCCCUGAGGGUUUACACAUUUCCUCUCUGCUUCCAAGGACAACAUGCAAAGUUGGGCAGCACCGCUAGAACGCUGCUGAAGUGGGCUGACAAUGUUAAUUUCAAUUCAUGAAGAUUUGGAACAGAGGAAAAGGAAGGCCCAGAGUGUUGGAACUCCCUAAAAGUCCUGAUUAAUUUGUGUAAGAAUAUUAAUUCAGCUGUGGCAUGUAAAAAUAAUAUAUAUCUUGAACCCUGCCGUGUAGAGGAGUCCGCAAUUUUGAAUGCCUGAUUUCCCUUCUGAACAUGGAUUUCCUAAUUGAAGCUUUGGGGAGAAAAAACUAAUCAGUGAAAAUGCCUAAGGAAAAAGAAGUUUUAUAGGCCAAGGUUACAGAAUAGCUUGGGAGCUUGUCCAAGCUGUUGGUGGUGCAGUGCUGUGGUUCCUUCUGACCCAAGAAAGCCAGUGCUUCAUCUUUGUCAGAAGGCCACAGAGUGGCCAAGUCCCUUAAGUGAACUGUAGGACACUGCUAAAAUCUAGAGUCAAGGAUCAACUAAACAGGUAUUUGGAGUGGGACUUGUCUUGUGGAAUGCUGCAUCUUUAGACAUUUUUUAUGAGAGUGGAUGCAUCUGAUGUGUCAUGUCACAGCCUUGUAAAUAUCUUUUAAAGGAUGUGAGUGUAUAAUCACUAGUAGCACCUCACAAUGUGAUUUACUUACAUUGUAUGUGAAGUAUGAGCAGUAGAUCUGGAUGGAUGCAAGUAAUUUUCCCCUGGGUACUUAGUAAGAUCAUCACUGAAUCAUUCACUAGAUUCCCACAGAUUUAUGCUCCCCUUUCUGAUUUGGUGGCUGUAUGGGUGGGGUCUGAGAUCAGAAGGGAAUACAGCAACUAGAAAGGAGGCUGGGAUCAAAAAGAGACAAAAAUACAAUCCUUUAAAGAUGCCUGCAGAUUUAUGACUAAUGUAUUCUGUGCAAUAGGAGGAAACUACUUAUAACAAGAGGAAAAAAGGCCUCCAAUGCUUGAAUUUAUUAGUUUGUGCAGCUUGGAUCUACCAGCUGCCACUUGUCAGCAGCAUACAACAUCUGAACCUGUCCUGUGGCACAAGGGAGGCAUUCCAGCUCAGGAGUACCGUCUCCUUGUUAUCUCCUCCUCCACAUUGUCUUGGUGAUGGCUUUUUUAAAAAAAAACAACCCAUUGUUCUACGGAGGGAUGUCAGAUGUUUCUUUGGUUACAGGGCUUAGUCACACCACUCUUGGUCAAGAAAAGAUUGACAUGGCAUUCAGCUGAUAACCUCCACAACCAUUUUACAUAUUAAAACAAUUUUGUUUUUUUAAAAAAUAAAGCACAGACUGCA